UCGGCAAUCUCGACGUAUCAAGCUGAGAGCUACCCCUCCACGGUCGGGACUUGCGGAACCUAGAUACCCUCCAUCACCCAACACCACAAGCUGCCGCCACCUUCCAAUUAUCAUGGCUGCGGUUGCCGACAGCGCGCCUUCGGGUCUGCCGCCCCUGAGCAGGGAAGACCAGACCCUGCUUCUUUUCGCCGGGUUGAUGGAGGGCGGCCAGGAAGAUGAGGAGACGGUGUCAGACUUGGGAAAGUUGACCAAGCUCCUCACCGAGGAUAUCGAACUCGCCAAGGCCAGCGAGCCGUCCAUUACCAAGAUCAUCGACGGUGAUUGUGUCGACACCAUAGUGUGCUACCUCGACAUGCGACAGCCCGAUAUUGUGCGAGCCCAUGCCACCCUCUGCACCUCGGCCUACCUCAAGGCUGCUGGCGAAGACGGGAAUCGCAAGCUCGCCGACUUCUUCUAUGACAGGGUUCGGCGAGGCACCUACGACGACUACAUUGUCGCCUUUUGCGUUGCCGCUACCAUCUUCCCCAUCGUGCCGGACCUCACCUCGGAGCUGUUUCUGAGCGGUGGCUUUCUUGCCAGUCUCGGCCCGCUUAUGAGGCGGAAAUGGAAGAGCAGGAAAGUCGAGACGGCAUGUCUGGAUAUGCUCAAUGCCGCAUGCAUGAAUGCCCAUUGCCGCGAGGGAGUCCAGAAGUACUGCGUCGAAUGGCUCGAGGAGAUUGUCGACCAAGACCCCGAGGAUGCUGUGCAAGCCAUGCGCGCCUCCGAGCCCGACGUCAACGUGCGAGAGGGGUCCAUCUCGAUGAGGAGACACUCUCUGCAAGUUCAGAACCUCGCCGCCGUGGUUUUGGCCAAGCUAAGGGUACAACCCGUACAAACCCCGUCCGACGGUUCUGCGCCUUCUAGAAUACAACCCGCAACAACCAGCAUUGAAGAUCUCUCCAAGAUGUUUACCAAGAUGCUCCUGGAAAAUCCUGAGCAUUCCACUCAAAGCUCGAUCGAGGGGCUGGCGUAUGCAUCUUUACAGUCCAAGGUCAAGGAAGACCUGUCCCGCAACAAGACUUUUCUUGAGGGCCUCGUAAAAACCCUCGAGACUGCCACUCCCAAGUCGCCCCUGACGUACGGGGCUCUCAGCAUACUGUGCAACCUCACCCAGCACCAACCCGUCCAGUCGGAGGAAGAGAAGAGAAUGAACCAGCUCAAGGCGUAUGCGAAUGCGGCCGGAAAGCUGCCGACAGAUCCCUUGAGUGACCACGACCACGUCAACGAGCGGUGCAAGCGUGUCUUUGCGGCGGGCGUUACCCCUGUUCUAGUUACCCAUAGCAAGAAUGGCUCAAUAGCAUCCCUAACACUUAUUAUUUCCAUCAUAUAUUCCCUUUCAAUGACCCCAUCUCUCCGUGGGCAGCUCGCACAGCAAGGCGCCGUCCGCCUCCUUAUCGCUGCCUGGACUGCACUGCCCGAAGCAGAGCCAAGAACCCGUCGCGUCGCAGCCCAGGCGUUGGCUCGCAUAUUAAUAUCUACAAACCCGUCUCUUGUCUUUGGUGGAACUCGUCCUAUACCCCAGAGUGCUGCUAUCCGGCCCCUGGCAUCCAUAAUCCUUCCGGACCCUAGUGCAGAGACGCGUGAUCUCCUGCCAACUUUUGAAACCCUCAUGGCGCUGACAAAUCUCGCCUCGACCGACGACGAUACACGCAGCAGCAUCGUUCGCACGGCUUGGACAGAUAUCGAAGAUCAGCUACUCAGCUCCAACUCCCGGGUCACCACCGCUGCUGUGGAACUCAUCUGCAACAUCGUGCAGAACAGUGCCGAAGCCUUUGCUCUAUUCGGAGACGGUAAACAACAAGCACAAAAUCGCCUACGGGUGCUUGUGGCACUGGCCGACGCUGAGGACAUCGCGACUCGUAGUGCCGCCGGAGGCGCCUUGGCAAGUCUGACGGGCCACGAGGCUGUAGUGCGCGCCAUUGCAGCCCAGGAGCGUGGCGCCGGACUCGUGCUGGGUCUGUGUGGCGAAGACAACGAGGACCUGCGGCACAGGGGUGCGUUUGUCGUCUACAACAUGGUCGCGGCCGAAGGUGAGGCGGGCCGGCUCGCCCGGGAGAAACUGCGGGCGGCUGGCGGCGUUGCCGUGUUGACCGAGUGUGCCAAGAAGAGCAGGAGAUCAGAGGUUGUGGAAAUCACGGUCCAGGCACUAAAGGGGCUGCUUGAGCAAACAUGAGGCCAGCAACAUGCCUUUUGUUACUUAGAAACUAGAGCGGGCAAGAUUGCUAGAGCAUCGGUAUCUGCAUGCUGUUGGUGAAACUGGACAGAAAGUGUUGUAUCAGACAAAUAGAUACAUUGACAGAACCGAGCCAGCAUGAUACUAGCCAUAAAAGACGACAGCGAGUGUUGCAGCUCAAGCUCGGUGGACGGGUUUGGUAUCUUCAGCAGCUACGACUGGCUUGUACAUAGCCAAUUCUAUGCACCGGGACAAUCAUGGCUGCGUGG